AGGAAGUCCUUGGAGAAGGCGCAUCUCUCUUCUGGUCAGUCGGAAACAGCUGAGUUCAUGGAGGUCGUUUACCAUGAAUUGUCGGCAGGUAAAGAUACGAGCCUGUCCCAGAUUUUGUCAGAAUGGAGUAGACGCUAUGAAGAAAAGUAUGCCGUCCUGCAAAGGCGAUUUUCAGGCUUUAACAAUGCGUCUAACUGUCAAAGUAUGGAUAUAUCUAGGCCAAAGUCGGCGGACUUCACUCAGCCUUCCUACAACGAGCUUUUGGAAGAAAUAGAAGGUGCAUUGCAACUGAAAGCUAAUCUUUCCGUUGAGCUUGAAGCAUUACAACAGAUUCGGGCAGAAUUAGAAGAUUCGGAAUGUAUGUCUGAGGUCCAUUUUCGCUUGGAGCGAGCCACAGACAAUAAUCGACGUUUGCAUACAGCUUUGCAAGCAGCUGACGAACAAAUUACUGAGCUUGUUCUCAGUAAACGGUUGUUGGAAGCCCAGAUGAGCGAGUUGCGUAGUAGUCGAGAUGCUGAACUGGCAGAAGCUAAAGAGCGUGUUCGAGCAGCUGAGCGUGCUGUUAUCGCCGCAACACGUAGUGUCAACUCCAGGAAAUCCGUUAGUAACGAGUUACUUUGUUUGAGUGAGCCUGCAACUAAUCAACAGAAUCUUACUUCCGAUUCUACUCGACCUCCUAUGUCUCUGACUUAUAAGAGACCUUUACAGAAUCAUCCGAAAAGUUUCACAACAUUGACUGCAUUUUCUUAUGAUGACUUUGAUUCAUUGGAGGAGGAUACAGAUGACGACACUGAGAAACCUUCCUGUGAAAUAAAUUCGACAGCUAAUUCAGGAGAAAAUAAUUUGGAACUUUUGAUGAAAACAGAAAAAUUAGACACAGAAAUGGCCAAAUCAACUCCCACAGUUGGGAGUAGCAAUGCAGAUAAUCAACCUAAUCAAGAACAUGCUAUGGAAUCAUCAUUGGAAGAUCAUGUUUCUUCGAAAGACAUGGAAGCUAUAACAUCACUUAGCUCACCUUCUCUGGAUGUUCUAAAUUCAGUGUCUCCAGCAUUAUCAAGUACACCUAGAAAAUCCCUGCCUAAUGAAACUGAUGUUACUGCUUUCAGUGGUAUCACUGCAUCAGAUUUUACGAAUGAUGUUAUAGGAUGUUAUAGUGAUUUGAAAGCCACACCAUUUACAAAACAACAGGAAGAAGUGGUAUCAAAGGUCGAUUAUUUGCGUCUAUUGGAUGAAAUGGAGGAGCUUCGUCAGGAAGUGGAACUACUCCGUCAAAAUGCUCAAUUGAAUGGUAGUAUUUCUAAACCAGUAAUCACUGACAGAGAACAUUUAACAACCGAUAAGCGGCAUUAUAAUCCCGGUUUGACGACUCAGUUGUUAGAGUUGAAAGAUGAGGUUGCUUCAACAACUGAAGACCAUUCUUCUCAACAACGUAGUAGUUUACUACUGCCAUGUGCUCCAGGAUCAACUCGGUUAUACGAUUGGUCACUAAAUAGGAGUGAUUUACAAAUGGAAACGCAUAUGGAUAUCAGUAAAUCCGGUGAAUCUCAAAACAGUACCGAUGAAAAUACGCCUAUUAAAACGUCUUCAUCUCCUUGUAAUCAUUGUGUUGAACUUCAAGCGAAAAUCCUUACUUAUGAAGCCUUAUGUGCAGCUCAUGAAGAUUUUUUAAAAGAAAAAUCUAUUCAACAAGUGUUUUCGAACACAAAAACCGAUUCACAAUGUACUGAAACACUACAAAAGGUUGAUGUUGCAACGGAGACACAAGAGUUCGUGCGUGUAUUGAACGACACUAUGUGUACACAAACAGAUUCUGAGAUGAAAAAUGUUUUACCGUCUGUUUGCUCACAAACUGAUUUGGACAUGACUUUGAUUGAUAGUCAGUUGAAAAACUGUACAACAGGCCUAGAAUUUUACCACAGAAUGAUUUUGUCCAUAAUUGAUGUUAGUGCAAAAUUGAAACAUGAGUUGAAUGCACAUAUUGUUAAUCGAUGUUCACAGGCAAAUAGUGAUUUAUCAUUAGAUGAUGAUAAUAAAACAAAUUGUCGGAAGGAUGAAGGGAAGAAGAGUGAUGAACUGAAUGUUCAAUUUCUUAAUGAUUUCUUGAAUGAUUGUAACCAUCUACUGGCUACCGGUGUUAUAUCUGAUUCAAAAUUUAUCGAUGAUCUCCAAACAGACUGCAAGUCAUUAACAUCUGCAGUUGAACAGUUAUUGCCAGAAAUAGAUCGUCUUCUUACACAAUGUAAAGUUGGACGUGAACAAUUAGUUGCAUCAAGGAGUAUAUCACAAGUAAAUCAGACUUGCGAAGUUUCUCUAACUAACGUGGAGAAAGAUAUUGAAAACUCCGAAUUAGUGCGUACAUUGCGUGCUCAGUUGUUCACCGCUCAGCAGUUGUUAACGGAAAAAUUACCCGUUGAUACAAAGAAUGCUCUUUUGGAAACAACUCAAAUUGUUGAAACAGAACGCAUUCAGUUACAAGCUGAAAUGAACCGUCGAAUGCUAGAAUUCGAACGAAAUCAUACUGCAUCAUUGGUGGAGCUGGAAACAAAUCGACACGAUUUACUUAAACAACUCGAUGAACUGGAAGUGACCAAUCGUGAAUUAAAAAAUGAAUUGUCUUCAAUGCAACAAAAACUUCAAGCUAAAGAACGAUUUUUAAAUGAACAAACAGAAGAAAGGGAAUUAGAAAGAGAAGAAUUUCGCAUUGAGUUAAAUCGUCUUAAAAGUGAACUAGAAAUGAAAAAUUCUCAAUUAAUGUCCUACAAGUUAAUGGAUCCAGGUGAUACUGAUUCUUGUGCUACACCACGCAGUAUGAAAGAAGUAGUACAGAAUAAUUGCAUUCCUAAUUGGAUAUCUGAUUUGAAACUGGAGGGUCUAAUUCAAAAUGAUUCUGUUAAAACAAAUGUCCAAGCAUUUAUGAAUUCAAAAUCAUGCGAAGCACGAUGUAAUAUGCCUCAUGAUUCUGACGACGACAUCUCUAGUGGGAAUGUAAAUAAUUCAUCACAAGACAAAUAUAAAUAUGUAGAUAGCCAAAAUAAAUGGUACAAUUACGCUAUUCCAUCAAUGAUUGAUAAUAGCAGCUUUUUAGAUUCUCAAAGAAAUACGCCUGAUAACUAUAGUGUUCAAAGUUAUCCAGACAAAGUUGGUAUAAAGCAGCCAAAAUUAAUUGAUGAUUCAAAUGUCUAUAUACAACAUGUUUUGAAAUCAUGUGAUGCGUGUACCCAGGUUGAAUUCAUUGAAUCGGAUGAGUCUGUUGGGACUUUUCGUUUUAUUGAUGCAGAGGUUCAAUGCACUGAUGAAUUUACUAUGAACCCUGAAUUAAAGAAUUCCUAUGAAGCAUUAAGUUUACCACAACCGACUCCUGAUAACGGAUGCUGUGCAAAUGAUGACACAGCAACAACUGAUCCCUACGAUACAUUUAAUGUCGGUCAGCCUACUCGGACUACAAAAACUACUCGAAUUCGUACUUUGAAUACAACGUCAGCUGCUGCUCUAGUCAGUCAUGUUGUUGUUACCGAAGAAGAGGAAGAAUCUGUAGUGACUGUUGUGGAUGAACCAGGUUUAUCUGACGCUACACCCGAAACUAAUCAGCAGAAGUUUCUUCAAGACCAAUUGGAUAAAUACCGAGAAGAAGUUGAUCAGUUAAGAAAGCAACUUCAUCAAAAUGAAAUGGAACAAAAUAAAUCGGUAACAGAUGUACAUUCUAAGCGAGAUAGAGAUACGCAAACCACUGUAUUAAGUCAUGAAAUAUGUCCUCAUGAAGUUAAGAUUAAGGAUUCAUUCACUCCACACGAAACAUCUUCUUUUCAGAAAAAGCACCAUCGAUCAUUGCCAACUUUAUUUUCACCUUCUUCUUCAUCAAAUCCUGAAGAUACAGGAGUAGAAAUGUCUCAAGAUCUUGUAGAUUUAGAGAGUAUAGAGUUCACAACACCUCCUACAACUAAGUCUCCAGUUGUUCAAGAUUUAGUUUCAGUAAAGAGUGUAAGAAGUUCUUCACCUGAAGAUGAAAAUCUGCAAACUUUGAUAGGAUCUCCUAUAUCUGACAAAGAUGAUGACAUGGAAAAAGAAAUUCCGGAGAUAAUGCUCUUAUCAGAUCGCCUCUCAGUCAGUCCAUCUCCCAGUCCCGAACACAAUGUCUGUGAUGAACCUCUUGAAUGCAUCGAUCUUGUUCAGCCCAUACUGUUGGAUCUUAACAGUGGUGAAGCUGAAGAUACAUCAGCAAUGGUACCACUCUCUGAAGUGUCAAAGUUAAUCGAACAACUCACAGACUCAGAGGUACUUAUUAAGGCAUUGCGCAACGAAAUUAGUGAUCUUACGAAAUACCAAGUGGAAUUAGAAAAAGAUUAUAACACUGUACAUGAAAUGUUAGUGGAACGUCAAAAUGAUCUUACUCGAGUUACUGAGCAGCUGCUUCAAACAGAGGAUAAAUGUAAAUGUCUCAGUAAUCAACUUCUGGAACGUAAGGAUGUUAUUUCAGAACGAGAUGAAGACCUUUUCCUUCUCAAUGAAGACAAAAAAUCGUUAGAAUUAAGAAUUACGGAGUUAGAAUCUGAAAUCAAAGAACUGCGCUGUCAAGUGAAAUCCAUUGAAUCAGACAAUCACUUUUCAUCAGUAUCUUCACAAACCGAGUUUCCAGCUUUUCAACCACUCUUUGACAGCAAAGCUGUUCAAACGACUGUAAUUACUAACUCACUCACACAAUCCAUGUCUGGUUAUGAUCAAAGCAAGAUUGUAAAUACAAACAACAAUUGUGAUCAAAAAGAACUGAAUCCUGUACAGACAGGAACUCUUCAAUUAUGGGCAACAUCCACUCCUAAAGAAGAGGACUCUCCCAAUUCUACAUUUUUGUCUACGGAGGAUGAUAUACCGGGAAAUAUAUCAGCUGAAUUAAAUACACUAACCAACCGAUUACGAGAGGAAAGCGUUCGCCUUGCAACAGCAACUGCGAUUGCAACCGCUCGCCAAUCUGUUUGUGAGAGAACAGCAGGAGUCAUUGUCAACAACCCAGUCUGUAUCGAGGAUGUUAUAAAAGUUGAAGCCGAAGCAUAUUCUCCUUGGAUAAAUGAAAUCCAAGAUACAUAUACUGACUUAAAAGAAGCAAUCGGUGAAGUUACCAAGGUUAUACAUACCAAUCCAUGGAUAAAUAAGGAGCAGUCGGAAUUUGAUGAUACUGAAGAAACAAUGAGGAUUUUUGUUAGCCGUUUACUUCUCUCAGUGUCUAAAGCUUUGGAUUCUGAUGAAAAAUUAUGGCUUUCAGUUCUCACUUCUUCAGUUAAUCAGACCUGCGAUAUAAUUCAAAACAACAGUGCCUUACCCCCGAAUCUGAUGGAUCGUUUUACUGAAAAUAUUUUAUGCAAAAUCAUACAACAUUUGACAGAAAGGAUAACAGCGUUUAUGAGACGUGAAGAUGAGUUUCGUAAAUGUCUCAUAGAAGUUCUUCAUGUGGAAAAAGCUUCAUUCAAUUCUGAACUGAAAACUCAUAUUCAUCGUUCUGAUACUUUGGUGGAAGAAAUGAAUCGAUUAACUCAACUUGUAAGUUCACGGUCAGUAGAACUGGAUCAUGCAUACAAUCGAACCAAUGAACUUCAAGAUCAAUUGAGUAACUUGAAAGUUGAGCUAGUUCAUACACAGCAUGAAUUACAAUCAAAGGCAAAUGAAGCUGACCAUCAUCAAACUUAUAUCGAGAAGUUAAGAUCACAGUUAUCUGAAGAAUGUGCACAAACAGAAAAACUUCGUAGGGAACUUGAGUUACUUCAAUCGGCUAAGGUUCAAAUUGAACAUGAAUUAUUGUCGUCAAACAAUUUAGUACAAGAACUGAAAACAUCUCUGUCAAGUGAAAAGAAUCGAGCUCAAAAUUUGAAAAUUGAAGUAGAUCAGUUACAUGAUCAAAUCAAGAAAAAUACUUUGCACACUACAUUAUCCUAUGCAAAUGGAUAUAACAGUAAUUGUGUUGGAGGUGUAACAUCGAAAUCGGCAGCAAAUGAAAAUAAGGUGCCUAUUGACUAUUCAUCAAAUCCAAAUCGAAAUCUUUAUCAGGCUAUUAACCUUGCUACUGUUCAUUUGGCAUCUACUCGGCGUGAUGCAAUAAAAUUGCAAAAUCAAGUGAAAGAAUUACAAUCAACUGCUCAGGGUUUGCGCCUAAAUCUUGCUGAAGCAGAGCUUCGUCUUAUGCCCACUCUAACAUCUUUCGUGCCGGAUGCUUUGAAUCAUUCAAACACGGGACCCAAUUCACAUUGUUGCAUCGUGAGACAGUAUGUUCCUAAGGAAAAGUCACUUGUAAGUGCAAACCAGUCAGAAUUGCCAAGUUCCAGAUUUGCAAAACUUAAAAAUGUAUGCACAGAUUUGUUGUCACGCGUAUCUAUGGAUGAACGUGACGUCCAGGAUGACGAUUAUGAUGAGAAUGAUGCUAAUUCUCAUUCGUCAGAUGAUGACAGUAUUGAGGAAAAUAUUUUCAUUGGAUCUGGAAUCACCAAUCCUUUAGUUGGUAAUCGUGUAAUUGCCGAACAUGAUAACAGCCUAUCACCUAGCGGUAGAGAGUCAAAGUCUUCAACGCAUGUUACUUCGCAAAACUACGCUACCGUGUCACAUGGAUCCACUGACCGUAAAAGCAAAAGGAGAAUUCAUUCGAAUAACUUGUGUCGCUCCACUUCAGACAAGUAUUCCAAAAUUGCGGAUUUAUCUACUAGCACAGCAAGUUAUUCAAACAGAAUGAGUAGUCCUAUUCAAACUUUACCUGUUAUGACUACUAGCAUGAUGUCGUCCUCUGGUGUUACAACAGAUCAGACAGUGUCUGUAGAACAAUAUCGCGCACUCUAUGCUCGUUGUCUUCGUGUCGAAAGUUAUCGUCGUGCACUGUCAUUCCAGAAACGCUAUUUGCUUCUCCUUUUGGGUAACUUCCAAUAUUCUGAAGAUGUAGUCGUUGCAAAUCUUGGUUGUCCUGAAUCUCGGAUUGCUCCACAAGUAGAUUCUGAAGAUGGUUUUCCUUCACGAUUAAAUUCAAGUCCGCUACAACGAUUCCGUAUAAUCGGUCGUGUUGUUCAAGUUGUUCAUCGGAUGAGAUAUUUGGUAAACAAAUGGCGACGUGUUGGUGUCAUAAGUAUUCCUUCCAUGCAGUCUACUCCUUUCAGCUACACAGAAUCACAUGCUAAUACCGUGCCUCCGAACUCCUAUUAUGUUCCACCCUUCCAACAUAGAUCGUUCAAUUUUCAAUCAGCUCGAGCAAUUACAACUAAUCGAAAUCCUAAUAGCUCUUUACGAACACCUUUAAGAGAAUUGCACACUGACGAAUCGAAUAAUACAUCAUUAUCUGUUGUAAAAAAUUCUUCUAACUUCAAUGGAAAACCGUUAUUACUGAAUAAUUCCAACUAUAUUCCUAGAGUAUCACAAGUCCAAACUUCACCUAGUUGUUACAAUUCACUUCGUGAAGACCAAACAGUUUCCAAAGCUGUUUCACAUAGGUGGCGACCUUACUCAUCAUUCAAUCAAUCAACAACAAUGACAAAUUCAACUGGAAUUCCGAUCGCUCGAUAUGUGCCUGUGACACCAAUCGCAAUCAGUACAGCAGCUUGUUAUGAUCGUCCUGAAAUAAGAAAUCACCAACAAUCUUCUUCAUCUUCUAAUUUAUCAGUUGAAAAUCGUCGUCGUAUUGGUGCCUCCUCAUCUACUUCUUGUCGAGUUGAUUCCAUUCAAACGCAUACAGUACGAACUGUUAGUCAUAAUCAUACAAAAAAUAAAAUUAAUACUAUUCAUAAACGUUCUAGUUAUAGUUGAAUCACUCAUAGAUCUUUUCAUAUUUUCUGAAGAAAAUUAACCGACAUAAAUCAAUACAUAUUGCCCAUCUAUAUUAUCCGGAGAAUUGUAUACAUUAAGAAUAGUAAGAAUAACAUUUAUAACGUUCUCAUUUGCUCAUUUUGUAACUUGAGUGGAUUUCGACGAGAAGAAAAGGGAAGAAGAUCGGAGAGAAUUGAAACAAGUUACAAAAUGAGUAAAUGAAAACGUUAUAAAUGUUAUUCUUACUAUUCUUAAUGUAUACAAUUCUCCGGAUAAUAUAGAUGGGCAAUAUGUAUUGAUUUAUGUCGGUUAAUUUUCUUCAGAAAAUAUGAAAAGAUCUAUGAGUGAUUCAACUAUAACUAGAACGUUUAUGAAUAGUAUUAAUUUUAUUUUUUGUAUGAUUAUGACUAACAGUUCGUACUGUAUGCAUUUAAAUGGAAUCAACUCGACAAGAAGUAGAUGUGGAGGCACCAAUACGACGACGAUUUUCAACUGAUAAAUUAGAAGAUUUAUAUAUACCUACCAAUUUAAUAUCUUUCUCAUUACUAACCGAGUUAUGCGUGCAUGUCCGCGCGCUAGAAAAGCACAUUUAUUGAUUACUUUUAUACAUAUUAAAAUUCUGUUUCCACCUCUCCCUACUUAAAUAUUGCAUAAUUUAUAUUGGCUGUUUCUUACUGAUUUUUCCUUUCUUACAUGUGUACAGUUGUUCACUGUUGAAAUAUAUGGAUAAAGAAUUUUUGUUCAAAAAGUAUAUGAAUAUGUAUAUUGUCCUAAAUGUUUACUUUCCCUUUUAUUACAAAAUAUGAAAUUAUCAUGCAAUCUUUUGCACUUCUAGUUUACUUGUUUUAUUUGAACGAAAUCCGUAGAAUAAGAUUUGAGUAGUGCAAAGAGUGCUAGUGCUGUUAUAUGUUCUAUCUAGUGGCUGGCUGAUCCCCG